AACAAAUGAAUAUGUAUUUUUAUUGAUGCGUCACGAUUCGGACUUCUCUAGAUUGUUCAAGUUUGAACAGAGAAUUGUGAAACUGUCGGAGUAUAUAGACUGUAAAGAAAGCCGUGAAUAUCUCAUACGUCUCCGAUCAGUGAUCCUGUUGGUUGUCAUCAAGAACCAUGGAAUUUCCUCAUUUAGGAAAACACUGUUCAGAGAAAACUUGUAAUCAGUUAGAUUUUUUGCCUAUGCAAUGUGAUGCUUGUGAACAAACAUUCUGCAAAGACCAUAUCAGAUAUGAAUUGCAUAAAUGUCAGUCGUCAUACAAAAAAGAUAUCCAGGUGCCAGUCUGCCCUUUAUGCAACCAACCUGUACCAUGGAAGAGAGGAGAAGCUCCAGAUAUUGCAGUUAGUGAUCACAUUGAUCGUGAUUGUCAAUCAGACCCUGCGAAACAGAAGAGAAAGGUUUUUGGAAAUCAUUGUACUUUAAAAGGCUGCAAAAAGAAAGAAGUGAUUCCAGUGGUGUGUGACCAGUGUAAAAUGAAUUUUUGUUUGAGGCACAGGCAUGCCAUCGACCAUAACUGCAAAGGAAAUAACCCUGCUGACAGAGCCAGAGAAGCUGCUUUAGCCCGCGCUGCCAGCGGUUCGGGUAUUUUCACAAAACGAAGCGGCCCUUCUAAACCGCACAACACUAGCAAUAAUGUCAGCGCGAAUGUUGCUCGUACUACUAAUCUCCCCAGAGCGUUUGCUGUUGCGACUGUUCAAGGAAAUCUAAGUGAAGACGAAGCUCUAGCACGGGCUAUGCAAGCGUCAUUGCAAGAUCAGACCCCUCUUACCGCUAACCAGCAAGAGGAAGCCGACCGGAUGUUGGCCCUCGCCCUGCAAAGGGGUGAACAGGCACCAACCCCUACUGCAAACGCAACACCGUCUUCUUCUAGCAACAGUUGUAGCUUAUCUUAGCCCCUCCCUGAGCACAUUUUACGUCUUAUUUUGCACAACAAGUUAUAUCAUUUUUAAUUUCUCCAUUUUUCACACGAGUGAUGAAUAUCAUUUUGUUUUCCUUUUUGUAAAUUUCGGAUAAAAACAUUACAUAAUAAAAUUUCAAUAUUCUAGAA